UCAGUGGUCUGCGGCUGUAGCGUUUUUAAUGAGUUUGCUGUUAGCUUUUGUUCGAGGGAAUCAAACCAGCCACCAGGUAGCCGCUAACACCGUAAUACCUGGACAUUAAGCGACACACAGCCGCAGAUAAAGGUAAAGUCCGGGACGCAGCCGAGCGCGAUUAAAAGGAAAAAAGGAUUGCAGAGAAGCUCCAGAACGACUCGAGCAUCUGUCCCUGCAAUCACCGGCGUUCUUCCCAGCCAUCCACUGCUCCUGAUCGCUGCCUGAUCCCUCCAGUUUUCAACAUGGCGUCCAUGCUCCGACUCCGGCGGCACCACUGAACCACCACCCUGGACCUCCACCAUGGAGAGGAAACGCAGAAAGAAAUUAAUCUAGCCGCUCGGGCCAUUUGCAUUAUGGACUCAUUUUUCGAGCUGUGGACCUGAAAUGCUCUGUCCCAACCCCUGACCCCCCCAACCCCCACCCCCUCCCUUGCCCGGCCAGCCAAGGCUUUCUUUGAGCUGCUGCCACACUUCCUGCUCGGACAGUUGCUGCUUUGCACAGUUUAAAGACUGAAAAUGCUGCUGCUCUCCGUGUGGGCGUCCACGCUGCUGGGCCUGCUGGCAGGCUUCCUGCCUGCAGUGGGGAUGGAGCCACAGGGAGGGGCCAGCGCCGAGCCCCUCCCCUCGCCGUCUGGCUCCAACUGCUCCCAGUUAACCCUCAAACUGGAGUUCUCCUCUGAGGUGGUGGAACAUGAGUACAUCGUAGCGUUUACAGGGUAUUUCUCAGCCAAAGCUCGCAGCCUGUACAUAAGCAGCGCCCUGCGGAGCUCCGGGGAAGAUGACGACGACGACGGCGGCGGCGGCGCGGCGCUGGAGUGGCACAUCGUUCCCAGAGAAAACCCUGCGUCCGACUUCCCCAGCGACUUCGAGCUGGUCCACAUCCGCCAAGCUUCGCCCAGCAGCCUGCUGACCUUAGAGGACCACCCGUACAUCAAGAGGGUGACGCCGCAGCGCAAAGUGUUUCGCUCGCUCAAGUACAUUCCCUCGCCUGAACCUGCUGCGCCCUGCAACGCCACCCGCGGCACCCAGAAGUGGCAGUCGUGGCAGUCGUCCCGCCCCUUCAGACGCACCAGCCUGUCGCUCGGCUCGGGGUUCUGGCACGCCACCGGGCGCCACUCCAGCAGGCGUCUGCUGCGCGCCAUUCCCCGCCACGUCGCUCAGAUCCUGCAGGCAGACGUUCUCUGGCAGAUGGGACACACUGGUUCUGGUGUGAAGGUGGCUGUGUUCGACACAGGCCUCAGUGAGAAACACCCACAUUUCAAGAACGUGAAGGAAAGAACCAACUGGACUAAUGAGAAGACACUAGAUGAUGGCUUGGGCCACGGUACAUUUGUAGCAGGAGUGAUUGCCAGCAUGAGGGAGUGUCAGGGCUUCGCUCCCGACUCGGAGCUGCACAUCUUCAGAGUGUUCACCAACAACCAGGUUUCGUACACCUCAUGGUUCCUGGAUGCAUUUAACUACGCCAUCCUAAAGAAGAUCGACGUACUCAACCUCAGCAUCGGAGGACCUGACUUCAUGGACCACCCUUUUGUUGAUAAGGUUUGGGAGCUGACGGCCAACAGAGUGAUCAUGGUUUCUGCUAUCGGCAACGACGGGCCUCUGUAUGGCACCCUGAACAAUCCUGCGGAUCAGAUGGACGUGAUCGGCGUUGGAGGAAUCGACUUUGAGGACAACAUCGCCCGGUUUUCCUCCAGAGGAAUGACCACAUGGGAGCUGCCGGGCGGCUACGGCCGAGUGAAGCCCGACAUCGUCACCUACGGCUCGGGGGUCCGCGGCUCGGGGAUGAAGGAGGGGUGCCGCUCGCUGUCUGGCACCAGCGUGGCGUCUCCGGUGGUGGCGGGCGCCGUCACACUCCUGGCCAGCACCGUGCUGAACCGGGAGCUGGUGAACCCGGCAUCCAUGAAGCAGGCGCUCAUCGCCUCCGCCCGCAGGCUGCCCGGAGUCAACAUGUUCGAGCAAGGCCACGGCAAACUGGACCUAAUCAGAGCCUACCAGAUCCUCAACAGCUACAGACCUCAGGCCAGUCUUUCUCCCAGCUACAUCGACCUGACGGAGUGUCCCUACAUGUGGCCUUAUUGCUCUCAGCCCAUCUACUACGGAGGGAUGCCCACCAUCGUCAACGUGACCAUUCUCAACGGGAUGGGCGUCACCGGCCGCAUCGUCGACAAGCCCAUCUGGCAGCCGUACCUGCCCCAGAACGGCGACCACAUCGACGUGGCCGUCUCCUACUCGCCGGUGCUGUGGCCCUGGGCCGGCUACCUGGCGGUGUCCAUCUCCGUGGCCAAGAAAGCGGCGUCGUGGGAGGGGAUCGCCCAGGGUCAUGUGAUGGUCACGGUGGCGUCGCCCGCGGAGAACGACUCGGAGGUGGGAGGCGAGCUGACCUCCACAGUCAAGCUCCCCAUCAAGGUGAAGAUCGUGCCGACCCCCCCGCGCAGUAAGAGGGUGCUGUGGGACCAGUACCACAACCUGCGCUACCCGCCGGGCUACUUCCCCCGGGACAACCUGCGCAUGAAGAACGACCCUCUGGACUGGAACGGGGACCACAUCCACACUAACUUCAGAGACAUGUACCAGCAUCUGAGGAGCAUGGGAUACUUUGUGGAGGUGCUGGGCGCUCCCAUCACGUGCUUUGAUGCCAGCCAGUACGGCACGCUGCUGAUGGUGGACAGCGAGGAGGAAUAUUUCCCCGAAGAGAUCACCAAGCUGAGGAGAGACAUCGACAACGGCCUCUCGCUGAUUAUCUUCAGCGAUUGGUACAACACCUCGGUCAUGAGGAAGGUCAAGUUCUACGACGAGAACACCAGGCAGUGGUGGAUGCCGGACACAGGGGGCGCUAACGUCCCAGCUCUGAACGACCUGAUCUCGGUGUGGGGGAUGGCUUUCAGCGACGGCCUGUACGAGGGAGACUUCACGCUGGCCGAUCACGACAUGUACUACGCCUCAGGCUGCAGCAUCGCCCGCUUCCCAGAAGACGGAAUAGUGAUUGCAAAGAACCUGAAGGACCAAGGUCUGGAGGUGUUAAAGCAGGAGACUGCGGUGGUGGAGGGAGUUCCCAUCCUCGGACUGUACCAAACUCCGUCAGACGGGGGCGGUCGCAUUGCUCUGUACGGAGACUCCAACUGUAUAGACGACAGUCACAGACAGAAAGACUGUUUUUGGCUGCUGGACGCUCUGCUCCAGUACACGUCCUACAGUAUGACCCCUCCCAGCCUCAGCCACUCCCACAGCAGAGUGGCCCCGCCCACAGGAGCCGAGCGCCCACUGCCGCAGAGACUGGAAGGUAACCAUCUCUACCGCUACUCCAAAGUUUUAGAGGCUCACCUGGGAGACCCUAAGCCCCGCCCCCUCCCCGCCUGCCCUCACCUGUCCUGGGCGAAACCGCAGCCCGUCAAUGAGACGGCCCCCAGUAACCUGUGGAAGCACCAGAAGCUUCUGUCCGUGGAUCUGGACAAAGUGGCUCUGCCGAACGUGAGGGCGUACCGGCCCCAGGUCAGGCCUCUGUCGCCCGGGGAGAGUGGCGCCUGGGACAUCCCCGGAGGGAUAAUGCCCGGCCGCUACAACCAAGAGGUGGGCCAGACCAUCCCCGUCUUCGCCUUCCUGGGGGCGAUGGUCGUCCUUUCCUUCUUCGUGGUCCAGCUCACCAAAGCCAAGAGCAAGCCCAAGCGCAGGAAGCCGCGCAUCAAGCGGCCCAUUUACCUCCAGCAGCAGACGUCGGCGUCGUCGGGGAAGAACCCCACGGUGUGACCGCCGCCCCGGACCGAGACCCCCGCUGGAGUCUGACGAACUGUUGGCGCAGACUGCCUCCAGGCUCCAGCGCUCGCCGGGCGUCUCGGGGAAAACGGUUCUUGUGCCUCUCGUCGUGGCUGUUUGUGUGUGUGUGUGUGUGUGUCCGUGGACCAAUGAACAGUAUUAGACAAUGUUACACACAUGAAUUUGAAACACACACACGUCCCCUCACAGACAGACACGGUGUCUACAUUUCGCUCGGUUUCUCUCUCCUUUGACCAAACUGUUUAAUUAUGAAUGACAUGUGUCUGACUUUUAUAUUUAUUGAAUUUGUUUGUACCCUAACACGCGUUCUCAGAAGGGCAAGGCGACGUCACCUCAACACACACACACAAAAAAAA